AUGGGAAAAUCCUGGGGUAUUAAAGUAAAUACUGCCCUGUGGAUAUACAAAGCGAGUGGAAAAAAUGGAGUCAAAGAACCUACUAAAAAGCCUACAAGGCAAUUACUUGAGGGCUGCGGUAAGGAGCCCUCCUAUAAGAACGACGCCAACAGAAGCGCUAAAGUGGCGCUCUGCAUUCCACUUUUAAGAGUGACUAUCAUCAGCGCUGCCAAACUCACAGCAUAUAGACUAAGGUGUCAGGGGGAGUGGAGAGAUUUUGAAGUAGGUCAUACCAAGCUCGAAUUUCUUCAUAAACCUCCCUUUACCUUAAAGCAAGACAGAAUAUCCAGAAUACGCCAAGUGGACAAGGCGUUCUCCAUAAACUUGACCACCAGGACAGACUGGAAAAACAGAAAUCUUCAGAUCCAGCCGGGAACUCAUGCAUGGUUCACUGAUGGAUCUGGAGCAAACGGCUGCUAUGGAGCAGGCAUCUACUGUCCAGGAUCAAAUCACAGAGAGUUUUUCUCUCUGGGUAAANUGGCCACGGUCUUUCAAGCGGAAGUCCUAGCCAUUCUGGAAUGUGCAAGAUUCCUACUCUCAAGAGAGAUGAAAACUAAGAGGAUCAAUAUCUAUACGGAUAGCAAAGCAGCCAUAGGAGCUCUUGCCAAGACCACUGAAUCUUCACGAAACAACAUCACGCUUGUCUGGGUACCUGGCCAAGGUAUCCAAGGCAAUGAAGUGGCUAAUAGUCUGGCAAAACUGGGUACCUUAGAGGAACCAGUCUGCCAAAUAGUUGGAGUUUCCUUUGCAACAGCGAAAAAUCAUAUCAAGGACUGGCUGAAAAGGGAGCACAGGAUCUCUUGGGAGAUACUGAAGAGCUGCCGCCAAGCUAAGGCUCUGAUGACUCAGCCAGUGCCAAGUAGGACAAAGGAACUACUGACAAUGAAUAAGUACAGACAAAGACUGUGUAUCGGUCUUCUCACAGGGCAUUGGGUCUUCAAGGCACAUCUAUUCAACUUAGGCCUAGUUGAGGAGAGUAGUUGUAGAUUUUGCGGCGAAGAAAGGGAGGACAGCAUGCACAUAUUGUGUUGCUGCCCGUCUCUAGCACUCAAAAGAUUCAGAUUCUUGGGCUCCAUGUUUGUGAAGCCCGAGAACCUAAAAAUACUUAAAAUCGGCCAUCUUUGGCCCAAAUUAUGGCUGAGAAGUAAUUCUGCAAAUAUCAUGCGUGACAAUAACGAAAAAUUAGAAGUGAACGAGAAUAAUUGCGUCAAGUGCUUUUGCCAAAGUAAAGUGAUUUAUUUCAGAAAUGUGUACGAUAAUCAAACCAAACCUAUUAAGUGCAAGAUGCAAUUGCAAAUAGCAGGUUUCGUUAAGUUAACCAAUCACGUUAAUCAAUUGGUUAAUCGAU